AUGGCCAUGACCGAUGCCUUGCUUGUGCCCAUGGCAGAUGCCACAUCCACGCCUGUGGUGGAUGCCAUGUCCAUGGAGGAUGCCAUGCCCAUGGAGGAUGCCAUGCCCGCGCCCAUGCCCAUGGUGGAUGCCAUCUCUGCAUGCAGCAGGUCUCCAGCCCAAAUUGAAGUGAUCCCGUGUAAGAUCUGCGGAGACAAGUCCUCAGGGAUCCACUACGGCGUCAUCACCUGUGAAGGCUGCAAGGGGUUUUUUCGGAGGAGCCAGCAGAACAACGCCAGCUACUCCUGCUCCCGGCAGAGGAACUGCCUGAUCGACCGCACCAACCGCAACCGCUGCCAGCACUGCCGCCUGCAGAAAUGCCUGGCACUGGGCAUGUCCCGCGACGCGGUGAAGUUCGGCCGCAUGUCGAAGAAGCAGCGGGACAGCCUCUACGCCGAGGUGCAGAAGCACCAGCAGAGCCAGGAGCAGAGCGGCGGCACCAAGGAUGAGCCCGAGCCCCUGAGCCGCGUCUACACCACCAGUGUCAGCAGCGGGCUCUCGGACCUGGACGACAUCUCCACGCUGUCGGACGGGCUCCUCUUCGACUUUCCCCUCACCCCCGACGGCAGCAGCACCUACUACAACCUCGACCUGCUCACCUCGGCGCAGCCCUCUCCCGACCAGUCCAGCCUGGACGUGGCCGAUGCCACGCUCAUCAAGCAGGAGUCCAUCUAUGAGCUGAUGCUGGAGCCGGCCCUGUUUGCGCAUGGCGCGCUGGAGGGCAGCCAGCUCUCUGCUGAUAUCUCCGUCCUUGAGAUUGACCGGGUGGCCCAGAACGUGGUGAAGUCGCACCUGGAGACGUGCCAGUACACGACGGAGGAGCUCAAGCGCCUGGCGUGGAGCCUCUACUCCCCCGAGGAGGUCCGCGCCUUGCAGAGCAAGAGCUGCGAGGCCAUGUGGCAGCAGUGCUCGCUGCAGAUCUCCAACGCCAUCCAGUACGUGGUGGAGUUCGCCAAGCGCAUCGACGGCUUCAUGGAGCUCUGCCAGAAUGACCAAAUCAUCCUCCUGAAAGCCGGUUGCCUUGAGGUGCUCCUGAUCCGCAUGAUCCGCGCGUUCAACCCCUUGAACAACACCGUCCUCUUCGAGGGGAAGUUCGGCGGUGUGCAGAUGUUCAAGUCGCUCGGUUGCGACGACCUCAUCGGCGCCGUCUUCGAGCUGGGGAGGACCCUGUGCCGCCUGCAGCUGUCGGACGAGGAGCUCGCCCUCUUCACCGCCGCCGUCCUGCUCUCCCCAGAUCGCCCAUGGCUGACGGAGUCCAAGAAGGUGCAGAAGCUGCAGGACAAGAUCUACGUGGCCCUGCAGCACGAGAUCCAGAAGAAACACUCCACCGAGGACAAGCUCUCAAAGAUGGUUUCCAAGCUGCCCUUGAUGAAGACCAUUUGCAACCUGCACUUGGACAAGCUGGAAUUUUUCCGUCUCCUGCACCCAGAGACCGCCAUGAACUUCCCACCCCUCUAUAAGGAGGUCUUCAACUCGGAGCUUCAGUACAGCAACCCACGGGAGAGCUAA